AUGAGAAAGAUUGAGGCUUUAAGGGUGAAAAUAAUGUUAGAAGAGGAGAAGGUGGAGAGGGAAAUGGAGAGGCAACAAGUGAUUGUAGCAGACAGGAAGAUGGCGGAGUUGGUAAGGUUGGUGGUUCGAGUGAAGAAUGGGGAGGAAGUGAGGCAGGUGGAGGGACUCGUGCAGGUGGCAUUGAAAGGGGUAAUGGCAGGACUAGAGAAGGAGAUGAAAGCGAUAGACUGUGUAAGGCUUAGGACUUUGAAGAGAGUUUUGGAUGUUUUGAGCCCACUACAAUGUGUGGAGUUCUUGGCUGGGAUUGACAUGCUUCAAAUUUGGGGAAAGAAAAGGGUUUACACCAUUAAUUAG